GGCCUGGUGCAGCUGCGACUGAUCAGGGCGUCGGGGUCCUCGGCCGCCGGAGAGCGCACGUCGGGAGGCCAGAGCGGAGCAGGAAGAAUGGUAUAAAAAUGAAAAACAUCAACAUGUGCUUCGAAUGUGACAAGAAAAGAAUAAGGGCUCUCACAAUUGCUUGAGUUCAGACUUUACACUGGAAGGAAAGUUAGAUGUAAACCCUAAUUUCUUAGUUCUAAUAAGUAUCUCUUCUUGGGAACUGGAAAUUUCCAAAAAAAAAAAAAAAGGAGUCCUUUGGGGAAAAAUGUGCUCCUUAAAUCCACCCCAGUUGCUCUUUUAUACAAAGAACUCGUAAGGAAACCAGCAGAAAAAAAACAAGUCAAACUGAAAGCUCAUCUGCAGCUCAGAAAAACAAAGACAUGGAGUUUUAAGGAGUGAAGGGAGCAUGGUGUCGGCCAUGGGUGAUCAAGACACAGCCAGACAAUGUGGAUCAGUUUCUUCAAACUACGUUGUUUCUGCUGUCUGCUUGCAGUAUUGAUGGUGGUAGUGCUGGUCAUCAAUGUCACUCAGGUAGAGUACUUGGACCAUGAGACUGCAUCAGCCACAUUCAUCGACAGUGGUGGACAGUUUGUUUUCUCCCAGGUGACAGGAAUUAGCCGGAAUCCUUACUGUGGUUAUGAGCACCAGACUCUGUCCAGCCGGGAGCGCCUGGAGGAGGACUCCUUGUUGGCCGCCUUACAGUGGCAGGUGCCUAAUGUGGGCCCAGUCCCCUUUUUGAAGAGCACUGACCCUUCUUCCAGCUACUUUGUCAUCUUGAACUCUGCAGCCUUCUUCAAGGUGGGAAGCCAGCUAGAGGUGCUGGUUCAUGUACAGGAUUUUCAAAGAAAGCCCAAGAAGUAUGGUGGAGACUACCUGCAGGCCAGAAUCCACUCCCCUAAGCUGCAGGCAGGGGCCGUGGGUAGAGUGGUGGACUACCAGAAUGGGUUUUACAAGGUCUUUUUUACUCUGCUCUGGCCAGGCAGAGUUAAAGUGUCCAUAUCUCUGGUCCACCCCAGUGAAGGGAUCAGAGUUCUUCAGAAUCUACAGGAAGAGAAACCAGACAGGGUCUAUUUCAAGAGCCUCUUCCGUUCAGGAAGAAUUUCUGAAACUACAGAGUGUAACGUGUGUCUUCCUGGGAGUCUUCCCCUGUGCAACUUUACGGAUGUCUAUACCGGAGAACCCUGGUUCUGCUUCAAACCAAAGAAGCUCCCUUGCAGUAGCAGAAUUAACCAUUUCAAGGGCGGAUACCUGAAAGGCCUCCUAACUGCUGCAGAGAAUGCUUUCUUCCAGAGUGGUGUCAAUAUCAAAAUGCCAAUCAACUCCAGUGGACCUGAUUGGGUGACUGUGAUUCCCAGGAGUAUAAAAGAAACCAACAACCUAGAACUAUCUCAAGGCUUAGGAACUUAUCCUUCUGGCUAUUAUUACAAAAAUCAGUGGAGGCCCAGAAAGUUUAAGAUGCGCCAGUUUAAUGACCCUGACAACAUUACAGAAUGCUUACAGAGAAAAGUGGUGUAUUUAUUUGGUGACUCGACAAUCAGGCAAUGGUUUGAAUACCUCACUACAUUUGUUCCAGAUUUAGUGGAGUUUAACUUGGGUAGCCCCAAGAAUGUGGGUCCCUUCCUUGCGGUGGACCAGAAGCACAACAUCCUGCUCAAAUACCGCUGCCACGGUCCACCGAUCCGCUUCACGACCGUCUUUAGCAAUGACCUCCGUUAUGUGGCGAAUGAGCUGAAUGGCAUCGUGGGAGGGAAGAACACAGUGGUUGCCAUAGCUGUGUGGUCUCAUUUCAGCACCUUCCCCUUGGAAGUGUAUAUCCGGCGGCUCAGGAACAUCCGUCGAGCCGUGGUCCAGCUCUUGGAUCGAAGCCCUAAGACUGUGGUAGUCAUCCGGACAGCCAAUGCCCAAGAGCUGGGACCUGAAGUGAGCCUUUUCAACAGCGACUGGUAUAACUUUCAGCUGGACACCAUCCUUCGGAAGAUGUUCUCAGGAGUUGGAGUAUAUCUCGUUGAUGCCUGGGAGAUGACCCUGGCCCAUUAUCUGCCCCACAAGCUACAUCCAGAUGAAGUUAUUGUGAAGAACCAACUGGACAUGUUCUUGUCCUUUGUGUGCCCCUUGGAGAGCUAGUCUGCCCUGCAGGGGACUGGAGGAAUCACAUUCAGUGACCUUCUCUAUCACCUGCACUACGGAAGGUUUAUGCGUGGCGCUAUGGAGAGAUGGCUGCCAUUGAUAUGUAUUUAAAAUUUUUAAAAAGAGCUGGACUUUAUAUAAUGACUUGUAAGGAGCUUAGAAAAUGCAGAUUACAUUUAUAUCUACCUAUAGGAUUUUUUCCCAUCUUGACUUAUCCAUGGGGGAACGAUUAUUAACAGCAUUUACACACUAUAUUGCCCUUGUAACCAAAGAUACUAAUGAGUGUGUUUGAACUAGCUUCUCCUGGGAGGGGAGGGGAUACUGUGCUAAAAAGUGUGAAAAAUGUUGUGACCUAAGUGGAAGGGACAAGUUUGGUUGGCAGUGGAGUGUUUGUAUCUUGUCUGGUAAAGGAAAUUGAGCACAUCUACGUGAAUAGCGUAAUUGGUACAUCUUCAGCGGGAAGUGAAUUAACCCCAAGGCUUGUAGUCAGUGGCUCCUGUAACACACUGAAGACUGCCGUGUCUUAGAAGUUUCUCUUGAUGAUCCAGUUUUUUCUGGAUUACUUGAAAAGGCCAGUGUCCUUGGUCAGAACUUUCUAAUGAGAAUAUUUACAGUGUCCAGCUUUUAUCUAGAAAAGAAGCAAAAGGGAAAUAUGAAAGCAGUAUAUAUAAAAUCUGUGCAUUGAAUUGAUAUUUGCAUUGGGUAAUUGCUACUUAUCUGAUUCAGCUAAAUUUUACAGGAUGAAUACUUAUUCUAAAAUAACCACUUUUGGAGCUGGAAGGGGAAAAUCUAUAAAGGAAAAUUUAUUUUUGUGUUCUGAAGUUUGAGGGUUUUAAGAAUUGACUUUUAUGUAAAGAUUGCUAUUGUUUGUUAUAAAGUUGUGGAAAUUAUUUCCAUCAAUUUCGAGUAUUUCUUUUUUGGUGGUUAUUUUGAAUUGCAUACCCAAAUUAGAAAUUAAAAUCUAAUUAAAAAUUAAAUUUAGAUAUUGAAAUCUGUGAUGGGUUGAUUUGGGCAUAAGGUACACACAUUCUGUCAUGCUUGGAAGUAAAAGGUGCUGUUCCUAUUGGCUCUCUUAAAAUAAUUGAAUUAUCAAUUUUACUUGACUGUCUUUACCUUAUUAAUUUUAAAUAAGUUUAAAUUAAUUUGUGCCUUUUAGUAAGUACUCUUUUCUUUUUGAGCUACAGUAGGGUAUAGUUUUGUUUAUCCCUAAAUGAACAUGUGAAGAAACUGGGGAGGCUUUAGAGAUGAAGACAGAUGCCUAAAGCAUGAAAAAAUACACCCUUAGAAGAAUGGG